AUGCGCUCUCGUGAUCUUUGCAGCGCGGCUUUCUAUGACGACGUGCAGCGCAUGAAACAACUCAUACGGGCCUCCCUCUUGAGUGAAGACGAGGAGGACGAGGAAACAGCUAUAUAUAAUGAUGAAGACGAGGAGGUGGAGGAGGAACAGCUUUCUAUACACCGCCUGGAACGCAUACGGAAACGACGGGCGGCGGUUGCAUCCCUACUUGGCAAACCUGGCCUACUUCGCGUUAUCGAAACAGGGGAGGAAUUUGGAUUUAUGUUUCGCGUGGUUGAAGUGUGCGAGAAUGAUGGCGGCUGUGGCUUAAAGACACAGUUUAAACUGACCCGACGAAGUCGGUAUCCCGCGAUGCCGCUUCACUGGGCAGUGAUCGGUCGCUCGCAUCGUGCGGUGGAGUUUCUAGUGUCAAGCGGGGUAGAUGUGGACCAGGAGGUUUGUGAUUUCCCGAAAGUUACCGCAGCUGUUAUUUGUGCAUGCAACGAGUCCUUUGAGACGGCACGGCGACUAGAAAAGGCGGUGGAGGUGCAACGGCAGCGCCUUCAAAAUGAGGAGGAGGAUCACCGCAAGUGGGUGGAGACGCUGGAGAAGAAGAAGCUGGAACGUGAGCGAUUGGCGGCACUAGAGGAGGCGGAGGAGGAAGAGCACAAGGAGGCAGGAAGAGCAGGAAGAGCGCGCGGAGGAGGAAAUCGAUAG